AUGGUCACGAGCAAAGAUCAAGCCAGACCAGCCGGUGAAGACGAGAAACUCGCUGCUUCUUUGCUAGAUGGGAAGUUUCCCCGGAGCACAUCAAUGCAAGACACUGUUAGGGAAGGACAUGGGAUUCCACCACCACCUCAAACAGCCCCACCCCCACCUCCUUCUCCAUAUUACUUUGACACAGGCCCCCCUCCAUCCUUCUCGCCACCUCCACCCCCAGGAAGAGCUUAUGAUACCAUAAGAUCAAGCUUUAAGCCAGGCCUGGAGGCUAAACUCCAUGGACUCCCGCAGGUCAUUAGCGCCGCUGAGAUGUAUGAUCAGGCGAGGACUUCCAUUCCUUACCCUGAAAGGCAGAAGAGGGCCCGAUCCAUGAUAAUCCUACAGGAUUCCUCUCAUCUUCCCGUGGAGCCAACAGAGAUCCCCCGACCUGGCCCAUCUGCAACCCCUCCAGAGAAGCUGAAGAGGAAGGGGAGAGUGAUUGACAACCCUUAUGCCAACAUGGGUCAGUUCAAUGUCAGCCUGUUUGCUCCCACCAAGCCACAGAGGAAGAAGAGUCCUCUUGUUAAGCAGUUACAAGUGGAGGAUGCACAGGAGAGAGCAGCACUGGCCAUCACCGGGGGCUUUACAAGGGAGCCCUCUCCCACCCGCAGGAGCCAUCGCCUGAGUGGAGUGGAAUAUCAGCACCACACCGGCAUUGCUCAGGUUGAAGCCACAAGCAUCCCCUUUGCCACUGCCAUCGCUGGAGUCAUGAAGGACAGAGACCGUCGUCUGGAUGAGAGGCGGAAAUCCACAGUCUUCCUCUCGGUUGGGGCCAUUGAAGGAAGCCCCCCCAGCAGCGACAUGCCAUCCUUGCAGCAGUCCAGGUCUAUUGAUGAGCGGUUGUUAGGAAGCCGAGAUGUACUACUGCCUUCCCCUGUCUCAGCUUUAAAGCCAUUAAUUAGCAGCUCAUCCUCAACGUUCAUCCACCCCCUAACAGGAAAGCCCUUGGAUCCGAACUCACCACUGGCGCUUGCGCUGGCCGCAAGGGAACGGGCCCUCUCAACUCAAGUCCCAUCCCGGUCGCCCACCCCGAUCCACAGCCCGGACUCAGACAGAGCAGCACCCCUGUUUGUGGACAUCCAAACCAAAGAACCAGAGAGGGGGGAGUUGGAGAGCUUGGUGUCCCCUGCGUACUCACCUGGAGGCAAAGGGGCAAUCGGAACAGACUCUGGGACUUUGGCCCCUACUAAGAGCCAGUGGGGAACCCCGUCCACACUGAGAAAAGAAACUGAGGCAAGAGCAGAAACACCUGGGAAGGAGGAGAAGAAACAAGAAGACAAGAAGUCCAUGAUUAUUAGCAUAGUGGAUACAUCACAGCAGAAGACCGCUGGCCUCAUCAUGGUUCAUGCCACAAGUAAUGGCCAAGACGAGAUAGGACUUGAGAUAAAAGAGGAGAAACCAGCUGUCCCUGAAGCAUGCACAGAGCCAGCAGAGUCCCCCAAAGCAGAGACCCAGCCCAGUCCCGUGGGAAAGCCUCCAGUCAGUCCAGCCUCUGACAAGACGCUGGGACAAGGGAGUUCGGAGGAAGAAGUGGAGCCCUACACGGUUACCCUCCCACCAGCUCAGUUGUCUUCAAGUGACGAAGAGACCAGGGAGGAGCUGGCCAAGAUAGGGCUGGUGCCUCCACCAGAUGAGUUUGCAAACGGGGUACUGGUCACCACCCCUGGCACACCAGUCAGCCACCUGGCUACGCCUAGCAUGCCAUCCAUACCAGCGGCAGCAGUAGCACCUUCUACCACUGGCGGAACACCCUCAGGGAAGCCCUCUGAUGCCCCCGUAGCCCCAGAGUCUGCUGCAGACUCGGGAGUGGAAGAGGUGGACACCAGAAGUUCAAGUGACCAUCACCUGGAGACCACAAGCACCAUCUCUACGGUCUCCAGCAUGUCUACGUUGUCCUCAGAAAGCGGGGAGCCUACUGACACAUACACUUCCUUUGCGGAUGGACAAACUUUUAUACUCGAGAAGCCACCAGUGCCUCCAAAGCCAAAACUCAAGUCCCAGCUCAGCAAGGGGCCAGUUACUUUCAGGGACCCACUUUUGAAGCAGUCUUCGGACAGCGAGCUCAUCUCCCAGCAACAUGCGGCCACUCUGGCAUCAGCCAGCAUUGGCCGGCCACGCUACCUCUUUCAGAGAAGGUCCAAGCUAUGGGGGGACCCCAUGGAGAGCAGGCCAAUCCAUGGGGCUGAUGAUGACAAGCCAACUGUGAUCAGUGAGCUGAGUUCCCGACUACAGCAACUGAAUAAGGAUACACGAUCACUGGGGGAGGAACCAGCCGGGUCCACGUUAGAUCCCGGGAAGAAGUCACCUGUGGUCGCGGCACGAGGUCUGUGAGGGUCCUGUCUGGGGACCCCCAGGAACAGAAGACAAACCACUUGCUCCGUAACUCUAACUCUGGCUGUGUCUCCUUCCAAGACGGUCUUCCACAGGAGGAUGUUUGACAAGAGGGACUGAGAAAGAGGCCAAGAAAUACUGAGAAUGAGAACAUAAGGUCAGAGUUAAGGCAAUCGAUAGAGACGAUACUUAUUCCAUCCUCCCCGCUCCUCGGGCCCUGUGUGACCGGCCAGGGCUGAGCGUGGCGAGGGAAGCUCUGCUGUGCCCAGGCACUGCGUGCUGUCAGAGGAAGGUUCUGCUCCCGAAGCAGUAGCGUGCCUGCUUGCUGAGAUACAGCCUUCUGCACAGCCCUCACCGAGACGCCGUAGUUCGGCGGUGACAGUGACAGCAGAGCAGAGCGACACCUUCCAUUCGUACUGUCCCGUGGGAAUAAGCGAUGACCCUUGAGUUGGGGACACACGAACUUUGCUCCGCUGGGAGCUACCCUGACCGUUACUUUGACAUAGCAUGUCUCUGAAGGCUGACAUGAGGCCAGCAGCAGCUCUCUUCAUGUGUAACAUGAAUGGGAUCCUUGAAGAUCCAGUGUCCCAACACGCAGUAGCCUUUGCUAAGCUGAGCUGCAGGAGAGUGACCAGACGUCUUGGCGUCUCUCUGACUUGAACUUCCCAGCCACCCCCGGACAGAGCUCAUGCAGCAGCAGAUGCCGAGCAGUCGUUCCACUGAGCAGGAGCAGUGCGAGGACCCCGCAGCUCAGAGCUGCUGCUGAACGCUGAAAUGGAUUCAUUGUGUGACAUCCAUUACCACAAUAAAGCUGAC